AUGGUAGGUCCGACUCUGCUCCAUGGUGGUGGAUUUAGACAGCUUGUAUUAACUUAUAUAUACUUACUCAUUUACAUUAUACUCUCUUCUGGAGUUAUACUCUACAACAAGUGGGUUUUAUCCCCAAAGUACUUCAAUUUUCCACUUCCUAUAACGCUGACGAUGAUCCAUAUGGGGUUCUCUGGAUUUGUGGCCUUCCUUCUUAUUCGCGUGUUCAAGGUUGUAGCUCCGGUUAAAAUGACAUUUCAAAUAUACGCAACAUGUGUUGUACCUAUAAGCGCAUUCUUUGCAUCAAGCCUGUGGUUUGGCAUUACUGCAUACUUGCACAUUUCUGUUGCCUUCAUUCAGAUGCUCAAAGCUCUAACUACGUGACUCUGGAAUUUUUCAAUGCCAGUAGCAACGUUUAUCAUGGCAGUUAUUCGCGGCACUGACAAACCAAGGUGCGACGUGUUCUCCAACAUGUUGCUGGUCAGUGUUGGAGUUGUUAUAUCUUCUUACGGAGAAAUCCAUUUCAAUGUAGUUGGGACGGUCUAUCAGGUCACAGGCAUCUUUGCUGAAGCACUUAGACUGGUGCUAACUCAAGUUCUUCUCCAGAAGAAAGGGUUGACAUUAAACCCUAUUAACAGCUUAUAUUACAUAGCUCCCUGCAGGUACUCACUCUUUUUUGUCUUUCUAGCUUUCCCUUGGUAUGUGUUGGAGAAACCCACGAUGGAAGUUGCACAGAUCCAAUUAAACUUCUGAUUCUUCUUUUCAAAUGCUCUGUGUGCUCUUGCCUUGAACUUCACCAUAUUCUUAGUGAUAGGGAGAACAGGGGCAGUAACUAUACGAGUAGCUGGUGUUCUCAAAGACUGGAUUCUCAUAGCACUCUCCACUGUCAUUUUUCCUGAGUCAACCAUCACUGGACUGAACAUUAUUGGAUACGCAAUUGCGCUAUGUGGUGUUGUCAUGUACAAUUACAUAAAAGUAAGGGACGUGAAGGCGUCUCAAUUAACUGCCGACAGUCUCCCGGAUCGAAUCAAUAAGGAGUGGAAGAUGGAGAAGAAGUCUUCAGAUAAGUUCAAUCCUGAUGUCGGUGGAGUCCCAGGAGUAGGAGCCGAGAUAAACGAUGAGGAAGCCCCUUUGAUUACGUCACGGCUAUCUCAUAUUGGUCGGACGCAGCUCGGAAAUCAGGCCGCUUAAGAUGCUAGUAAAAAAAAACGUAUGAUAGAG